AUGGCAUCAGAAGAGAAAACAAGAAUACCUAAACCAUUUCCACAACGUCCUCAACCUCGACACGAAAAUCCACACGAGGAAUGCUUAGGAGUCAAAGGACUACCACCUCAAUCGGCUGAAAUGUUAUGGGCAUUAGAUCAAGGUCUUUAUUUCGUGGCUCUUAGCAUUAUGAGAACCGAUGCGUAUGGUAUUGAAUUCGGUCAAAGUGUCUUUAAAGGGUCCAAUUCACCCAUGGAAAACAUAAUUAAUGUACUCGUUUUCAUGUCAAAGGACCUCCUUCAUCAAGCAAUUACCGGCAAAUUACACGAAUCUCUUUAUAAUGCUUCCAAAGACGCAAAAUUACCAGAGUUUUAUGCAGUUACACUUUAUGGUCCAGAAAAAGCGCAGGAUCGUCCUGUGGUUUAUACUCUCGUACAUUGUAAUCAUCUCGGAAAACCACCUACCAAGAAUGAACAUGUUCAUGGAAGUGCUAUUGCCUAUUUAAUGGAAGCUGCUAUGUGGAAUAGAUAUCCCACCAAGAGAUAUCUCCUCCGAAGUUUAAGCAUCACCAAUGUUACGGACGUAGGAUCAAUACGCUUCACGGAACAUGUCAUUUCAAUCCUCACCAAUUCUUACUUUUCGUCGGGUGGUUUAUGUGGUACAUGGGGUGGUGAUAAAGCUUCUGAAUCAAGGGCAAAGAAUACAUCCAAUGAAGAGACUUGGAUCAAUGGUAUGAAAGAUUUAAUCAAACAAGAUCUACAUGGACCAGAUAAGGAAGCACUCGAAGAAGAAUUUCGAAUUGAAGGUUAUGCCUAG